AUGAACAACUUUCCUAUAGAGAUCAUUGGUGAAAUCAUGCUGUUUCUUGAUAUCAGAACCCUUUUCACAUCUUUUGCGAUUCUAGAUCAUUCUUUUUAUGAAAUAUGCACAAGCGAGUAUAAUCUUUCAAGAUACCUAUCAAAACGGUGCAUGAUUUUACUCUGCACUUUUUGAUAGCUAAAUGAGAAAUUUGGUUUAAAUUUUUUCCUAUAAUAUAAAAAUUUAAUGGUUUCUGGCAAGCAAAUACUUGAAAUUUUUUUUUAAAUUUACUAACUCCCCCCUCCCUGAGUGAACAAAAAAUUCUUGUUCGCUCACGGAGGGGGGUCAAUUUUUUUUUAAAAAAAAUUUUAUUCUAAAUUUAAAAAAAAUCCUAAUUCGCAAAAUUUUGGAAAGCAAAUAUUUAUAUAAUUUGAAAAUUUAUCUUUUAAAACGCAAUUUGUUUAAAUUAAACAGAAUUAACUCGAGAUUUCAUUAUAGUAAUUAUCACUUAUAUCAAAAAAUUUUUCCAUAAAAAAUUUUCUAUUAAAAAAAUUUUUGCUCGAUCACGGAUGGUGGGUUUUUAGGCAAAAAAUAGGGAUUUUUCUAAUGGUUUUAUUCGCUCACGGAGGAGGAGUAAGAAAUCUGUUAUGAGUAUCAAACAUAACAAAAAUUAGUCAAGUCUUCCUAUUGCCCAAGUCUCAGAUUUUUGCUUUACUCAAACAAAUAUCAACUCCAAGCAAUCGGGUAAAGCUAGAUUUCACAGGUUUCGCUACAAGUGGAGGGGUUGAUGAGGAUAUCCCAAUAUAUUGGGUUGACCAGCUGUUUACAGAAGAGGGGAAGCCUUAUUGCACAAGGGAAAACAAAUUAAAUAUAAAUUGCGCAGGAGUGUUAUCGGACACUCAAAAUGACUCCAUAGGGCUUGCUGCAAGGCAAGAAAUUGCUUCAUUUAUAGCGUCUGCACUCUUAUUGGAUGCCUUAGCGCAAUCUUAUUCUCUGCGACUUGGAGAGUUGAAGAUUCACCUUAAGGUUACAAGUCAGCCCAAGUUGUGAAGAAGAAGAUUACGUCAAGGCACGCAAUACUCGAGCAGACGCUAUAUUAGAAACCAUGUAAGGCUUAAAGAAAUAUUCUCUGACUCCUAUUUUUAGAAAUUAAAAAUCUUUUUUGAAUAAUUUGGUAUAAAUAAUGAUUUUUUAAAAAAUUUGCAUUCAAGAGCAUAAUUACAUAUUUUUUAGAAAAAUUACUAUAAUGCUUUAUUAGUAAGCUCUCAUUCAUAGAGGAAGAGUGAGCAUCUCGGAAAAAAUGACGAAGAUUUAAAUAAUUUUGAGCUUAAUUUAUUCAAAGAAGUAUGAGAAAGAGCUCAAUUCAUUAUAUUUGAGGGCACCGAUAUUUCAGAAGACGAAAGAAGAGUAAAAUGAAUACGCUAUAAAGAAGUUUAUUCUGAAGCCAGACAAUCUGAAAUAGAUCUGAUGAAAUACAGAAGGAGAGCUGAUGAUCCUUUUAUAUUAGUUAAACCUUUAAGCUUCAAAGAAACAUCUAAGAAAUUAUAUGCCUAUGCACAGUCUUUUGAAUUUAGUAGAGAAGGAAGGAUGACAUGCCCUGUACAGACUUUUAUGAUCUUUUUAUAAAUCUUUCUUGCAUAAGUGAGUUUUACUCGGUCUCAGAGGGUUAAUUUUUUUUUUAAAUUUAAAAAAUGCAUUUCGCAAAAAUUAGGAGUGGAAAAUUAAUUUGACCUUUAAAUUUAUGUUUUAGAGCACAAGCUGUUUAAAAUAAAUAUGAUUAGCUACAGAUUUCAUUAUAAUAAUUAUCUAUUAUAUAUCAAAAUAUUUUUAUAAGUAUUUUAUAUUUUAUUCGCUCACAGAGUAUAGGCUUUCCCAAAAGAAAAAUUUUUCAAUGGUCUUGCUCAAGGAGAAAUAAGUGAGGUUUAUAUUGAUAUCGAAAGCGAGGAUUUAGCUUUAUAUGAUAAUUUGAUGACUUCCGAAGAUAUUGAUGCAUUGAUUGAAAUGGUGCACGAAUUUAACAUAAAUAAAUAUAUGAUUUUUUAGGCGGAUUCUAUGUAAAUUGUAAAAAUUUUGAUAAAUUAUCGAUAAAGAUGUGUAACUAUCAAAAAUGCAGAUAGAAAUAUAAGCAGCCGAUUGAAAAUGAUAAAAGAGUAUCAAAAGCUUAUCCUUUGGUUAUAGAGCCGGGAUAUCAAUAUAGGUUGUUCCAUCAGACUAAAAAUAUGCUAAAACCAAUAGUAUGGGGGAAAUUUAAUAUAAAAGAAGGAGAAAAAAUGAUAGUCGAUCUGAAAGAUGCGUUUUCUGGAGUUUACCUUUAUGUGAAGCUCAUAAACCCUGAAAAUCGAAUGGCAGAGCUUAAUGACCUUCACGAGUUUACAAAUAUAGAUGCAAGAUAUGUAAGAUUAUACGGCCAGCAGCUUACUUUUGAUAUAGAAAACUAA